GAUAUUAGUCAUUACUGCAUCUGAAGGUGGCGUGUCGAAUGCGUUAGCUGAUUUAACAAACAGUGUAUGAAUAAUUAAUUAAUUAAGUAAUUUAUCAAUUUGUGUGGGAACCUUUCAAGAGAAAUGCCACUCAAAAAUAACUAAUGUCAGUCUUCCUUCGGUUUCCCACAGUACGUCACAUCCUGUGGGACCAGCGAACUACAUUUCAAACAGCUUCAAUACCCGAUUAUGCUACUUAUUAUUUUGUCACUUUCUUAAAGUUUACACGGCAAGAAGAGGAAAACAACAGCGCAACAAUUGCACAUAUAUGUAUUAGUAUGUAUAUGUUGUAGAAUUUAUAUGUAGUUAAAUAUGAUUUACAAUUGGAUAUGUAUGUCAUCCAUGGCACCCCGUAGCCUCGACAGAAGCGGAAGUAGCAGCAAGAAUCACAUGAUACGGUGCUGUUGUUGUGUCACACUGGAUGCCACUUCUGAAAACACGGCUUGAGCUUUUGCGGAGCUUUAACAUGAACUCUUCACCGUCACCAUCACACCGCGUUUGCAACCAGCGGAGAAAACCGUGCGGCUGCAAGUCGUAAUGUCGUGAUGUGAAGGCGGUACAGAGGCACGGCCAAGAUUGUGGGAUGAAGAGUGACAGCAGCGGUGGUGGUGCACUGUUAGCUUGACGCUGGCAGCUAAGUGAUGACUGCUGCGGGUGUCGUUGAGUGAAAGAAGAUUCACCGAGCUGUUGAUGUCUUCUGAUUUCUCCCUUCACGAAUCAUUGAAUACCACCAACAGCAGUUUUGUCAGCAUCUCUACAUGAGCACUGAAGACUCACCAUGGAUUGGUUGAUGAGCACUGUUGAGAAAGACCUGGGGAUUGAGCAGCAGCAGCAGGGCCCAGGGCCACGCCCACAAGAAAUUGUAGCCCUUGUUCCUACACGCUGGGUAACUGAACUGAGGGAGAGAAGGGUGAUUCGCUGUGCCCGUUUCAACAGCCCCAGUGAGACUGAAAUUUGCACAUACCUUCAGUGUCCUCAGGCAAAGCUCCCGCCUGGAUGGACACGAGUAUGUAUCCAGGGUCUAAGAAAAAGUAAACUCAGAUACAGAUAUGUCAGAGACCAAUAUGAUGCACAAAGAGAAUUUGCAUCAAAGGGCUCCUACGUCAGAACAAUGCAGUGUGUCUCCCAGCAGAAUGUCAGGAAUCUUUGGCAAGACAUUCAUAAAAGAUUUGUGCAGCAACAUGCCGGAGUCAGCGAGCAGAUGAACAUUUCAGCUAUAGAUGCAGUGCGUCGUGCAUUACAGGCAGUCUUCAACUGCACUUUCAUCCUCCUAGACAGAGUGUCACCAUCCCUCUCUCCAGCCAGGGAGAAGGAGAAGGAGAAAGAAAUCUACCUGCCAUCCAGUGGGUGUUGUUUUUCCAAAUCCCAGUCAGAGGAGGUCUGUCCCAACGUCCUGCCUGUUGAGUGUCUCGUAGAGACGGCGGAGAUGUUGUACGUAAUUCUUCCGUAUACUCAGUAUUCACUUCAAGACAUUGUGUCCUUUAGCCCCGCCAAGCUCGCUAACAGCCAUGCCAAAGUAUUAUUUAUUCUCUACCAGUUACUAAUAGCUCUGCAGGCAUGUCAUGCUGCAGGACUGUCAUGUGGUGAACUUUCUCUGCAGGAUGUAGCUGUUGAUGAACAACUCUGCAUCCGCCUCAAGGUCAAUGUGGUCCAUUAUGAGGAGCUGGAAAUGGUAGGGGAUACAAAGUGUAACGCCACUGGCAAAGAGGUGCCAAAAAGUGUGGGCACUGUAUGUGCGAGCCAAGAGAACACAGCUCUUUGUAGGGAGUGCUUUGAUGAGCUCAAGGCAUUGGUUCUGGGUUGGGUUCAUGGUCGAGUCAGUAACUUCUGUUACUUGAUGGAGCUGAACAGGCUAGCAGGACGACGAGAAGGAGACCCUAAUUAUCACCCGGUGCUUCCAUGGGUGGUGGAUUUCACUGUGCCAUUUGGAAAAUUCCGGGACCUUCGCAGGUCAAAGUUUAGGCUUAAUAAAGGGGAUAAGCAGCUGGACUUCACUUAUGAGAUGACCAAAGAGGCCUUGGCAGCUGCAGGGAACAGUGGGGUUGUUGGAGGAGUUGUGGGUGAAGACCUCGGUGGUUCUUUAGGUGCUGCUGGUGCUGGACAUUCUGACCAUCUCCAUGUUCCUCAUCACAUAUCAGAUGUGCUCUCAGACAUAACGUACUACGUUUACAAAGCACGUCAGACUCCAAAAUCAGUAUUGUGCAGCCAUGUCAGAUCUCAGUGGGAGCCUAAUGAAUACCCGGCCAGCAUGGAGCGGAUGCAGAGCUGGACUCCUGAUGAGUGCAUUCCAGAGUUUUACACUGACCCCACUAUUUUUCGCUCUAUCCACCCUGAUAUGCCAGACCUGGAAGUGCCUUCCUGGUGCAAGUCCUGUGAGGAAUUUAUAAAGAUCCACCAACAACUCUUGGAGAGCAGAGAGGUGUCCCAGCAGUUACAUCACUGGAUUGAUCUAACAUUUGGCUAUAAGCUAUCUGGUAAGGAAGCUGUAAAAGCCAAGAACGUGUGCCUGCACCUCGUAGACAACCACACCAAUCUCACCAGCUAUGGUGUUGUUCAGCUGUUUGACCAGCCUCAUCCACCUCGCUUGUCCCCGUCCCAGUAUGCCCCCGCAGAACCUCCUCCCCUUGGCCUAGCAGCUCUUACUGUGCCUUCUCUAUACAUUCCUCAAGUCAACAGCAUCGCAGACACUGUGACUGAAAUGGUGCCAGAGUCUCUGGGGUGUGAGACCAGCGGCUGGGCCGUGGUAGAGAGGGAUGAUGACCUCGAGCAAGGUACAGAGGCUCUAGACUCAUUAGCAUCCACCGGCUCGUCCAGUUGUAUUUCAACGUCUGUGCCGGUGUCCAGUGUAAGUACAACUGCAGCAAAAGUGGGAGGAGAGCACACUGCACCUACCUUUUCUCAGUCUCCAACUUCAUGCCCUGCUGAUUUGGCAAACGUCCCUACCGCUGCUUUAUGCAGUGGUGUGUUACAGAGAGCUGGAACAGUUGGUAAAAAACCUGGAGAAGGAAACCUGACCAGCACCACGGCAGAACAAAUCAAAGUCACCCUGCCGGAGCUCUUCAACCCACUGCAGCCGUUGGAAGAGUGGGAAAAGUUGAACAAUUUUCUGGUCAAGAGUCUGCAGGCUGAAGUCAACCAAAAAACCAAAGGAUCUGGUAAUUUCACAGACGGCGACGCAACCAUUGAAUCGAUGCCCACUGAGAUACAUCUUUUCCAAAGAGACAUGCAGGCCCUGGGUGUUGUUAUCGCUGAGAUUUUUCUCUCCUUCAAACUGAGGAAACUGAGGCCAGGAACGUCACUACGACAGCGUUUCCAAGCCGUCAUGAGGCUGACCUCCACCAGUCUCCGGGAUAUACCACUGUCUUUGCACCAAGCAAUAGAGGCCCUCCUGCUAACGAAAAAGCACUCUGGAGUAGCCCAUCAGGAGUUACCCCAGUGCCCAUGGCCACUUCUGUUUAAAUACGAUCCAAUCAGCGAUGGUCUUCCUCCUCCAAACCCUAGCCAGUUGUUAAACUUGGUCGUCAGUGCUUUUCCUUUCCCUCCCUAUUUUUCAGCUCUCUACAAUUUUAUCUUUUCCUACCAAUCCAAAAUAGAGACUACAAGUAGUCUUCAAGGACGAGACGUGGUCUUUCAUCUGUGGCAGCAGCUUGAAACUUUGUUGCGUGAAAACAUUACGGCCGAAUGCCUCGAGAUUCUCUUGCCCUUCAUUCUUGCCCUAAUGCUGAAGGAAUCGACAGCGGUCUAUGCUGCCUGGUACCUCUUUGAACCCAUUUCUAGAGUACUGGGUCCUAGAAAUGCCAACAAAUACUUACUGAAGCCACUCAUCAAUGUGUAUGAAUACCCUCAUUGCCUGCGCGGUCGAUUCUAUCUCUACACUGACUGCUUUAUCCUGCAGUUGAUAACACGGUUAGGCCUGCAGGCCUUUCUCUCCAUCUUACUUCCGCAUGUUUUACAAGUCAUUACUGGGUUUGAAAAUUGCACCUCAGGCUUUGGUGGAGAAACCCAUAAGGGAAUGAGGGCUGGCACUUGUAUUCUUGAAGAAGAGGAGGAAGAUUAUCAGUGUGGAGAGAUCAGGCCAUCGUCAGGGUCCAUUAGUGGGAACAUCGUUGGUAACAGUGGAGGCAGUGGUGUAGGAGGAGGAGAUCCAGGGCUGGUUGACUACUCCUCAGGCAUUAGUCUCAAUGACCAAGUGUUCCUCACAGAGGCAGAGGACUUUCAGAAUGGAUUCUAUGGCAACAGUGGAGCAGAUGUGGCUGCAGAUAAACGGAGCAACCAAACCUCAGCAUCCAAAGAGCAAGACCAGGAAUCCUUAAGCGUCGGGAAGCUUAGUGACAAGAGCAGCACAAGUGAACUGUCCCUGGGUGAUGGAGAUUCAAUGAGGGAUCGUGCUAGUCUUAAAUCGGCUGACAGCAGCCAGGAUCUAAAACACGCAAGUGAAGGAGAGGAGGAAGGAGAAAUGGAAGAGGAGGAUGUGACUGAGAUAACUGAGAGUAAGAAUGAGGCGUUUGACGCCACACCUGCUGGCACUGUGAAGCUCACACUUUCCGGUUGCACAGAAGUGCCAGGGGGCGCAAUUGUUCCUCUGGAGGGUGAGAUUAUAAAUGAAACAGAACUGGAAGAAAACGAGAGAGAGGUUGUGGAAAGUCAAGAGGAACAGGAAGAUGAAGAGAAUGAUCCCAAUUCAUCACAAAACUCUGAAGAAAAAGAGCAGAAGAUUCUACUAGAUACGAUCUGCAAAACUGUUCGAUGGUUAUCGGCCAAGCUGGGACCAACACUGACAUCCCGCUACAUCGCCAGAAAUCUACUGCGACUGCUGACAAACUGCUUCCUUGGCCCUGACAAACAUCUGUUUGUGGCUGCUCCGUCUGAUGACAAUAGUCUGGACAGUGUGGGACUUGGCAGCGUGUACGAGAAGAAACCCGUUGUUGGUGAUCAGACGGCUUUGCCCGUGUUGGACUGUCUCAUCUACAUCGCUCAACUUUAUGGAGAGCCUGUGCUGACGUACCAAUACCUACCUUAUGUAGGAUAUCUGGUUUCUUCACCUUCUUCACAGCGACUCAACACACGUAAGGAGGCGAGCCUGCUGGCAGCUGUCGCCCUCACACAAAAGAUUGUCAUCUUUCUCUCUGACACCACCCUUAUGGAUAUGCUGAUGAAGAUCAAUCAAGAUGUGCUGCUUCCUCUUCUGGACCUGCUGACAACACCGACCCUGAGUUUCCCCAGUGGGGUGCAGUCUCGCACCGCUCUCUGUCUCAAAACCCUCAGCCUGAUGGCUCUCAUUUGCCUGCGCAUUGGGAGGGAGAUGGUGCAGCAGCAUAUGGCCGAGACUCUGCAGAGCUUUUUUGCUGUUUUUUCUUUUCUACAUUGUCUGCAGCCCCAGCUGGAAAUCGCCCCGCGGAGAAUAGUGGGAGAUGCUGUGAUGGUUGAUGUUUGUACAGCGGAAAAGUCGCAGAUAACUUACGAGUUAGGGGUCUUACAGGAGUUGCAGACGGUUUUUAGCCCUGAAAUGGCACACGCUUCCUACAUCCCCUUCUACUGCCUCAUAGGUGAUUUGGCGAUUCAUAAACUGGUUCCCAACCACGACUUAGUUUGGCAGUUGGUCCAGUCUUACCACCAGAGCGUGAGCCAGACGAUGAUCACAGGAACGCUGAGGACAGAGCAGCCUUUGUCCUCCACAGGUUCUGAUUUCAACAGAUAUGGGGAUUUCAGUCCCUUUCCUGCUCCCUCCAAUUCCCUCACCCAGGGACAGGGUGAGUCCUUGCUUGAGUCCAGCGCAUUUGGGAGUCACUUGGUAGGAAACCGAAUCCAAGUGUCAAAGGAUACAAACCUGACCAUGGCCACCUCUUGGGGCCACUCCAGCCCUACCACUCCAGUCAUCACUACCCCAUCCAUCUACACCACUACCUCUGCUGGCACGUCCCUUUCCACCUCCUGGUUGACAGGCUCCAACCUGGAUGACAGUGCUCUGAAACAGGAGCUCCCCCGCAGCAGCCGCGCUCUGCAGGGGAACUGGCUGGCCUACUGGCAGUACGAGAUCGGUCUCAACCAGCAAGAUCCGCACUUUCACUUUCAUCAGAUCCGCUUACAAAGUUUUCUGGGUCACUCAGGCACCAUUAAGUGUUUGGCCCCCCUCACUGGGGAGGAUUACUUUCUUUCUGGUAGCAAAGACAAAACUGUGAAGAUUUGGCCUCUCUAUAAUCAUGGUGAUGGGACCCAGGAGGUGGAGCCCAGGCUGACCUACAGUGACCAUCGAAAGUCCAUCUUUUAUGUUGGACAGCUUGAAACUUCACAUGAGUUGGUCAGCUGUGACGGCACUGUGCAUCUCUGGGACAUGUACACGGGGAAACAGAUCCGCUCAUACGAAGCUGUUGACGGUAAGAAUCCUAUCACAGCUCUCACCACCAUGCCAGCUCCACACUGCAGCGUUGUGUUUGGCAGCGCAGACUCAGUUCUCCGCUUCAUUGAUCCUCGUAAGCCAGGACUGCAGCAUGAGUUCCGUCUAGCCUACAACAACCUAAGUGCAGGGCUCAUUCGCUACCUGGCAGUGAGUCCUUCAGGGAGAACAGUGGCUGCAGGGUUCUCCUCUGGCUUCAUUGUCCUGCUUGAUGCUCGGACUGGGCUUAUUCUGAGGGGCUGGCCCGCUCACGAGGGAGAUAUCCUCCAGAUAAAGGCGGCUGAGGGAAAUAUGGUCAUUAGCUCCUCCACUGACCACACCCUCACAGUGUGGAAAGACCUGGAAAACAAGCCUGUGCGUCAAUACAAGUCUCAGUCUGACCCCAUCCACGCCUUUGACCUCUACGGAUCUGAGAUCGUGACCGGAACAGUGGCAAACAAGAUUGGGGUGUACUCCAUGGCUGACAUCUCUCAAAGCCCUGUCAGCAGCACCAAACUGAGCUCAGAGAACUUCCGCGGCACUCUGACCAGCCUGGUGGUUCUGCCCACCAAGAGGCUUCUGCUGCUGGGCUCCGACAACGGUGCCAUCAGGCUGUUGGCUUAAAGCAGAGUGACACAUUGACAUCGAUCAGCUCGAUGAGCUAGACCUACAGUCAGACUGACAAUGAGAUGCAGAGAAUAACACCUUCAGCCCAAAGAAGGCUCGGCUAAAACGCUCUACUUGCCUGGUUAUGUGGCCUUGAAUUAAUGCACAUUUAAAGCUUGCUACAGUCAAUGAGAUUUCAGGUGUAUAUCUAAUGUUACUGUUGGACAGCCUUAUCCAAAUGUGAACUAUAUGUUUAAGAUACUCUCUUUACACCCCCAAAGUCCAGAAAAAAUAAUCUGAUCAUUUCCCUACGGACACUAAGAGCCUCAUGCUGCAGGAACACCUGCGUCACAGAUCACAGGCUUGUGAGUUCAGUCACGGUCCUUCUGGGGGAUUUCACAGGUACUCCCGACUUCCUCUUCCAGUCCACAAAAACAUGCAGGAUGAGGUUAAUUGUUUGCUUUAUGGUGACCACAGGUGAGUGUGACUGGUUGUUUGGCUCUGUAUCUGACUCUGGACUGAGGAGCUGUUCAGGAACUAAGGCAGACUGCUGGCUCACCUGGGACCCUGAACAAAGGAUUACUAAAAGCUGAAUUAAUGAACCUUCAUGGUUUCCUGUCCAGAACCAUACAUUAAAAAAAAAAAUUAUUAAUACAACAUUAUUUAGAAAACAUUAGCAAUUUUAGGAAUACAGACCAAACUGGUCUGCUGUGCCAUUAAAGUAAUCACCAUUGAAAAAAGAAAAAGACCUAGUGAUCAUGAUCAUAAACUAACUAGUCUGAGGUUUAAUGAAUAUUGGUAAGUCCGCUGAACAAAAUCUUAAUUUUCUAGUUAGAAAAAACAAUAAACUGAGAGAAAGCAACUGUUUUUAUCUUAAAUGGUUGUUGAAUUGAAGCAUUAGUGUAGGUUUUACUUAGUUUUCCCGUAGACAAGCAACUGAAAUCUGACAUUUUGUGGAUGUGUUUCUAGAUUUCAAAUAACUGGCCCUGUUCUUUAACCUUCAUCUUAUUUUCACUUUUACCAAGUUUCACCUCUGUGACUGUUGGCACUGAAUCUAAUGCCUAGUUAUAAAGUUUUGAAGUUUUCACUAUGUACAGUACAGUCAAACCUUAAUUUUCUACAAUUUAAAAAUGAUCAAAAGCCUAUAUGUCCUAAAGCAAAGAACACAUUAAGAUGAGAAAUUCUUUCAUUUAAUAUCUUCUGGCAUUCUCUUGUGAAGAAUGACUUAGAAGAUGAAGUCCUUGGUAAGAUGGAACUGAGCCCUGGCUCUAAUACAGUGUUUACACUUUUAAAGUAAAUGCUGUACAGCACUGUUAUCCUCCCUGUAGUUUUCAAAUGCACUGAUCAAUCUAUGCAAUGUUUGUUGACCAUGUCCUUUUUUGUGUCAACUUUAUUCUGCCAUAUUUGUUUUUCAUUCUGGCCUGCUGUUUUAACUGUUAGUUACCUGAUAUUUUAAUUAUGUAAUUUUUAUCCACUAAUAAAAAUUACUCAGUGUUG